AUGGCAAAAGGCAACUCCCCUGCCGUGGGCGCGGACUCAACAGCGCCCUCGGACUCGCGGGGUCCGGGCCGAAGCUCCCCCGCUCCAUUCCAUUGUCAGGCGCCCCGACUCCCACGCCGCGGGGCUCGGCCCCCCAUCCUCAGCGCCGGCGCUCCCUCCCCGGGGGGCUGUGGGUGUGUCAAGCAGGCCCACGCCGGGCCGCGGCCCCGGGAGCUCCCCGGGACGCGGGGUCACGCCGGGGAUGGGGCGUGGGUGAGAGCUGCCCGGCCCCCCACCCCACCCCACCCCGAGGCCGGCUCCUCCCCCGCCCGCGCCGCCGACCCCGGCCCCGCGCCGCCGCGGCCCUUCCUCUGCCCCCCGCCCCGAGUGCGCACGCGCGGGCCGCCGCUCCCUGCCGCCCUCCCCGCCGGCCUCCCCUCCCCCCGGCUGCCGGCCCUCACCGUAAUCGUGAGCCACCCUCUUCCCCGGGGUCCGCGGCUCGCCGAACCCACGAAGGAAGUCAGGAGACCGAGAGCCCGACGAUCGGCGCGCCCCGCAGACUCCGCCUCACACGGGCCCCCGGGGAGCGCACAGCCGCCGUCCGUCGGUCUGUCACCGCCGCCGACACGGUUCGUGCGGCAACCCGGCUCGCCCGCCUGCGGUUCCGACGGCCCCACGGGGCGCCCGCCUCGAACUCCCGCCUCCCGCACGGCCGACGAUCUACGCUGCGCACCCCGAGCGCCUUCACACCAUCGCCGCCGCCGCCGCCGCCGCUCUCCCGGCCCUGCCGCCGCCGCCGCCGCCGCCGCCGCUGCCGGACCAAUCCCUCCCCUACUGCGCGAGCACGACACUUGA